CGACCACAGCGCCGCCUGCCCUGUCGCAGUCCAUUCCUCUCUCUUUCUGCCCGCGUCGGAUCCUCCACCCGUCGGUCGCUCGCUCGCUCCCUAUUCCUCCGCCGUCGCCGUCGCCUCCGGGGGCUCUUCUCAUCGGUCGUGGAGCGGAGACCCGUCGGGGCGUGGAUUGUUUCUUGUCUGUUCAAAGGUGGUCCUUACUUGUUGGUUGUGGAUUUGCGCGCUAUGUGGUGGCCUGCUGAUCCAAUCCAUUCAUCCGUGGUUCGAUUACGUUCUUCUUUUGAUGGAUUGUGCGUCAAGAAAUAAUGUGUCAAGGCAAACUUAAGGCUUUCACUUGAGGAACGCAAGAAAGAUUCAACACUUAAAUUUGUUUGGCAAACUGACAAAUCAUGAGCUUCCUCUGACAAGGAACCUGUCCCCAAUCUGUUCAAGUCCUCCAAUCACUUUUGCAGCUAGCUGCCUCAAGUACAAGCGAAGGGGCUUUGUCAACGUGAACCGGUUCUAUCUUCAGUUCACUUAUAAUUUGAACAUAAUUUGAUGCAGCCCAUGGCAUCAACAAAAACGAAUGCUAAUGGUGUUUAUUGGAGUGAAAGUUCUUCUAAGCAGGGAGGCCAGACUUCAAAAGCCAGUAGUCCUCAAUAUCGAACUCCCUGUACGACGUAUAGGCAAUUAAAACUAUCAUCAUGUCAGGAGAUCAACUCAUGCAGUCACGCUGGGGACAUUGCCUCUUCAUCACAGAUGCAUGAAUCAAAACCCUUGAUGGGAGCAAAAGAUAACUUGGAUGCUCGAGUAGCAAACUCAAUAGGCAGGCUCAUCUUCGAGGCUGGACUUGAGCCUGAUUUUGUCCACUUACCAUCUUUUAAGGGCGUGAUUAAUUUGCUCACCUGUGGGGAUCGGAUCCCAAUGCCUACCUAUGAAUAUAUUCUGCAGGUGCAACUAAGAGAAGUUCAGCUGCGUGAAAGGUCUUUGAAGCAACACUGGGAAAGAAAUGGCUGCAGUGUAAUACUGGAUAGUUGGAAGAGCCGAUGUGGGAAAAGCUUUGUUAGUGUUCUUGUUCAUUGCAGCGAAGGCAUAUUGUUUCUCAGAUCCAUGGAUACCUCUACAAUAAUUGAUGACGUUGAUGAGCUUGCAUCAAUGCUUUGUCAUGUGGUUGAUGACAUUGGUGUCCACAACAUUGUUCAGGUUAUCACAAACGAUGUGUCGCCAUAUAUGCAAGCUGCAGAGCAUGCUGUGCUAAAGAAACAUGACCAGUCAUUUUUAUUCACAGUAUGUGCUGACCAUUGCAUUAACCUUCUGCUUGAGAAUUUAGCAGCACUUGACCAUGUGAAUGAUGUCCUAAUGAAGGCAAGGCAAAUCACUAGGUUUAUAUAUAGCCAUGCACUACCAAUGGAACUAAAAGGGUUGUAUAUUGAGGGUGGCGAGAUCAUAAGUAAUUCUAACUUGAAAUCUAUGGCUAUGUUUGUCACACUAGAGAGGCUAGUGUCUCAGAGGGCAAAUCUGGUGGAGAUGUUUAGCUCGCCACAAUGGGCUUCCUCUGAUUUGGCUUCUACCAGUCUGUCCAGGUAUAUAUGUGAGGUAGUACAGACGGAAAAUGCAUUCUGGAGUGCUGCUGCUAACAUUUUGAAGAUUACAGGCCCACUUGUCACUGUUUUAUAUAAUCUGGAACGCGAUAAUUGCUCAGUGGGUGUCUUGUAUGAUGCCAUGGAUAGUGCAAAAGAAGACAUAAAACGAAAUCUUGGACAUGAGCAUGGUAGUUACUGGAAGAUGAUUGAUCACAUAUGGGAUGAUUACUUGCAUUCCCCGGUUCAUGCUGCUGGUUAUUUUCUCAAUCCAAGGAUAUUUUACACUGACCGAUUCCGCCAUGAUGCUGAAAUCAGCAGCGGCAUCACAACCUGCAUUCUCCGAGUGGCCAAAAGUCAUUAUGAUGCAUUGCUUAUAGCGGAACAAAUGGAUGAAUAUCAAAGAAAGUCAGGUUCUUUUGAUUCAGAUUCAGCAAUUCAGGAUGCUAUGGGAACGCCUCAAGUUCGUUGGUGGUUGAGACAUGGUGCUGGCAUGCCGCAGCUGCAAUCUUUUGCAACUCGGAUCUUAAGCCAGACAUGCUUUGGUGCUUCCAGAUACAACCUUGACAAGAGCUUAUCCGAGAGGUUGCACACUGAGAUGAGGGCCUACCCCGAUCAAGAGAGGUUCCGCAAGAUGGAGUACAUCCACUACAAUCUUCGCCUCGCAAAUUCAGCGCCACGUGUGGGUGGUGCUUCUGUGGCUGAGCAUGGUAAGCUUACUACUCAGCUAGGUGAUUGGAUCUCAGCAGCAGACACAACUGGUGCUCAUGCUCACCAUUGAUGGCUGAAGCAGACUUGAGCCGGCAACUCUGUGCUUGUAUAUAUCGUGUUGGGCUGUGCAAUUAGACUGGAAACUUGUGUUACUGAUACCCCCAUCCUUUUGCAGUCGGAUAAAGAAUUUUGAGCUUUUCUUUUUUCA